AUGGCUCUUUCCCGCUGCAUCCUUGUGCUCUCGGCGGGCGUGCUGCAUGCCAUGGCCUGCGAGGGCAAAACCUUCGACCAGGGGGCCUUCGAAGCGGGACUGCUUGGUGGCUCCAUUGGUGGCAUAGUCCUUGGGUUGCUGAUGCUGAUCCUUGCCUCGCUGCCUUUGUGCUGCGGUGUGCUGAAGCAGUACGGGAAGGUCAUUGCCGCCAUCGCCAUCGUUUUGGGACUCGCCGCCCUGGUCGUCCCCUUCUUGGGUUCCAUGGGCGCCUGCGGACCCUUCGUCGACCACAUCUGCGAAGACCUUUGUCCAGGCGAGAUCGAGUGCACGCAGGCAGACAGGGACGGCUUGACCACGACAUGCAAUGCCCUGGGAUUCUUCGUGGUCUACAUCGGAGCUUUUGGCUGGGCCGCCUGCGUGCUGGGCAUCGUCGCUGCUAGCCUGGGGUGCUGCGUCUGCUGCCAGUGCUGCAAGGCGAAGCUCGACGACGGCCCAAAGCAGGGCCAGCCCGGCCAGCCCACCGUGGUGGUGGGAGCCGUUCAGCAG